CAGCCCUGUGACAGCCUGCACCUACCAGAGGGGGGAGAGAUCAAGUGUGAGAGGGAGAGAGGCAGAAGGCGAGACAGCCAGCAGCUGAGGAGGAUCCCAGGGACCCAGUGCUGAUCCUAUAGUUGACUGCAGGAGGGACACAGGAGCUGCAGCUUCAGCAGCACACUGAAAGAAAGGGACCUUUUGGAAGACGUGUGCAGAUUGCUAAUAUCUGUGACCAGGAGAUCACUUGAACUGCUAUGAAGAGCUCUGUGGUCUGAGGCAACGAACCAACAACUGUGGUCCUGGGAAGUGCAGAAUUGAAUUAAAGCAGGAUCAGCUCAGAAGCUCAACCUGUAAGGAGGAUCUGUAGUCUAUUUGUACUGACCACAAGCAGCCAAGCAAAGCAUCAUGACAACCCGUCCAGGAGUGAAACCUCUCAAGAAAUCUUCCAUCCGAGGAGUUCACAUUACCCAGUUCGUGGAUAAGGUUCCUAAAGGAUGCAGCACACCUGACUUUGAGCGGAAACCUGUCAGUCUAACAUUGCAGGAAGGUAAAAGUGCCAUAUUCAGAGCUGCGGUCAAGGGUGUCCCCGCCCCUGAGGUGAAAUGGAAACGUGCAAAAGGAGAAAUGAAUGAUCCUGCCAAAUAUCUAAUGUUCUACAGUCCAGCUACAAGUGAACACAUUCUGCAGAUAAAUAAAAUCAAUGCAGGUGACUCCGAUUUGUACCGUUGCAUUGCUGUAAAUGAAUAUGGGGAAGCUUCAUGUGCUGCUGGCCUCAGGAUCAUACAAGUUGGCUUUAAGAGGAAAGCAAACUAUGUUACUGGUCAUCCUGCUGAAGAUUUGAAAAAGAAUCUUCAGGACCUCAAGAAAACACUGAAGAAGCGGGCUCCACUACAAAAACAAAAAACAGUGGACAAAGAAACAAUCUUCCAGCUGUUACUGCAUGCAGAUAGGAAAGAUUAUGAGAAAAUCUGUAUUAAAUAUGGAAUUUCUGACUUCCGUGGCAUGCUGAGAGCGCUUCAGGAGUUGAAAAAGGAUACGGAGAGUGAACAAGCAAAGUUAAUUCACAGUGUCAGAAACAUGGAACACAUUAAGGUCAACAAGGAUGGAACUGCUUCAUUUAGUCUGGAGAUGGACCUGAAAAGCGCUAGCAGCAACAUUUAUCUGCUUAAGGAUGGUGAGAAGGUCCGUUAUGGAACAGGGGAUGAAUACAGAAAGUAUUACGUUAGACAAAUUGGAAAAAAGUAUUAUUUCAUUGUCAACGAUGUGCAUCCAGAAGAUGCAGGCUUGUAUCAAGUCAGAGUGGAGGAUGUACCUGUUUUCUCGACUGAACUGGAUGCUGAAUCCAUCCCUGUGAGAUUUCAGAAGCCGCUCAGAGAUCUGCGUUGCCAUGAGGGGGAAGAUGUUGUCUUUGAGUGUGUCCUGCGCACUCCCUGCUUUGAUGCUGUGUGGUUACAUAAAGCCCACCCCCUUGAUGCAAGUGAGAAGCACCAUAUCUCUAUGAGCCCUGAUGGUCUGACCCACCAGCUUGUUGUCAAAAAUACUGAGACCUCUGACAAUGGCUUGUAUACACUCGACACUGGACUCUGCUCCUCAAGGGCCUGGCUUCUUGUAGAGCAUGUCAGACAUGUAAAGGUACAGGAAGAGGAAGGUGAAAAAUCUGACUGGCAGAAGGGAACACCAGAUAAAGACAGAGCUAAGAAGUUUAAACGUGGAGAACAUCCUGUUGAUGAAGAUCAUCCUAUGGAUGCUGGCGUGAAAAGAGACGGCUGGCACAGCACUAACCAAGAAGGCAGACAAGGCCACUCCACUGAUGUUGAUGGAGAAUUUAAAUUUUUAGGAAAAGAAGGGCUGCGCAAAACCAACAUAGAUGGAAGCGUGGGGCCUGGGCAGUUUUCUAGAGAAGGGGGAGAUGCAGACUCGAUGGAUGGUGCUGGUAACAUUGGAUUUUUAGAAGACAAAAGUAGAUUGAGGCAUGUACAGGACCAGGGUUCUAUGACAGGCAGAGCAGAUACUGAUGAUGGAUUAGGAGGAGGAGCUAAAUCGUACCCUAUGGAUGGCAGACAUGGUAGCAUGUUAGGUGCAGCUGAUGUUGACAUGGGUGAUGCAGAAGGCGUGAACUCCUGGCAUGACAAGAAUGCUAGUUCUGGAGCUGCCUUUGGUGGUAUGAAGAGUUUAGAUGCUACUGGUGGAAGUUCUGUGUCACAUGGAAUCAAUCUUGAUUCAGCCAGAGUGGGAGAUGCACAUUCUGUCUAUAGCAAGGAUGGUCUGCCUGCUGCAGUUGAUAUGAGUGGAGUCAGUAUAAAUCAAGGAGAAAUAGGGUCUCCCUACGGCAAAGACAACCUGCUAGCUGAUGCUAGUGGUCAUGUAGGUCAGGCAGGAAUGUCUGGCUUGCUGUAUGGUCCAGGCGGUCCUCCAUCCGGAGAUGGGACUAGAACUGGUUCAGGUGGCAGCUUUGUAGGAGAAAUGGAGGUUUUAUACGGUCCAGAUGGUCUGCCAAUUGGGGCAGGUGUUGAUGGUACUGCAGUUAAAAGGGGGGAUCUGUAUGGUAAGCAUGGACAGUUGAGUGAACCUUAUGGAAAGGGUGGUUUACCAGCAGGAAUGGAAGGUGGGGUUGGUGGUGCUGGUUUGGAAGGUGCUGGGUCUGUAUAUGGAAAGGCUGGUGUUGGUGGUGCUGGUGUAGGGGCAGCUGGGUCUCCAUUUGGGAAAGAUGGUCUCCCAGCUGGGGCUGGUGUUGGCGGUGCAGGUUUAGCUGGUGCAGGGGCAGCUGGGUCUCCAUUUGGGAAGGAUGGUCUCCCAGUUGGAGCUGGAGCUGGUGUAGGUGGUGCAGGGGCAGCUGGGUCUCCAUAUGGGAAGGAUGGUCUCCCAGCUGGAGCUGGGGCUGGUGUAGGCGGUGCAGAUUUAGCUGGUGCAGGGGCAGCAGGGUCUCCAUUUGGGAAGGAUGGUCUCCCAGCUGGAGCUGGGGCUGGUGUAGGUGGUGCAGGUUUAGCUGGGGCUGGUGGAGUUGGGUCUCCAUAUGGGAAGGAUGGUCUCCCAGUUGGAGCAGGAGCUGGUGUUGGUGGUGCAGGGGCAGCUGGGUCCCCAUAUGGGAAGGAUGGUCUCCCAGCUGGGGCUGGCGUUGGUGUUGGUGGUGCAGGUUUAGCUGGUGAAGGGGCAGCUGGGUCUCCAUAUGGGAAGGAUGGUCUCCCAGCUGGGGCAGGGGCUGGUGUAGGUGGUGCAGGUUUAGCUGGUGUAGGGGCAGCAGGGUCUCCAUUUGGAAAGGAUGGUCUCCCAGCUGGGGCAGGGGCUGGUGUUGGUGGUGCAGGGGCCGCUGGGUCUCCAUUUGGAAAGGAUGGUCUCCCAGUUGGGGCAGGGGCUGGUGUAGGUGGUGCAGGGGCAGCUGGGUCUCUGUAUGGGAAGGAUGGUCUCCCAGCUGGGGCUGGUGUUGGUGUAGGUGGUGCAGGGGCAGCUGGGUCUCCAUAUGGGAAGGAUGGUCUCCCAGCUGGGGCAGGGGCUGGUGUAGGUGGUGCAGGUUUAGCUGGUGCAGGGGCAGCUGGGUCUCCAUAUGGGAAGGAUGGUCUCCCAGUUGGAGCUGGGGCUGGUGUUGGUGGUGCAGGGGCAGCUGGGUCUCCAUAUGGAAAGGAUGGUCUCCCAGCUGGAGCUGGGGCUGGUGUUGGUGGUGCAGGUUUAACUGGUGCAGGUGGAGUUGGGUCUCCAUAUGGGAAGGAUGGUCUCCCAUCUGGGGUUGGCGUUGGUGCAGGUUUAGCUGGGGCUGGUGGAGUUGGGUCUCCAUUUGGAAAGGAUGGUCUUCCAGCUGGAGCUGGUAGUAUAGAUGGUUUAUCCUCAGAAGGUGGCGGUGUUGGUGGCUCUGCCAUACAAGGUGCUGGAUCUGCAUAUGGGUCAGCUGGAUCCAGGGCUGGUGAAAGUGGUGCUAGCAGACUGGGAGGCUAUGGGAGCGAGUUGCACUCAGUCUAUGGUAAAGAAGGUGUGGUGGGUGCUGUUGGAAUGGGUGGUGAAUAUGGGCUGGAUUCACGUGCUGGCAAAUCUGCAUAUGGUGAAUCUGGGAAGGGGACUGGCAGUGAUUUCAGAGGAUCAGAACACAAAGGUUCACUUCCAGGUCAAGGUGAUGCUAGAGCUGAGGGCAGAGAUUUAGGACAGUCAGGCUCCCGUCAUGGCAAGGAUUCUGCCUUUGGAGGUGCAGGGGGCAAAUUCCAUGAUAGGUCUUUUGGUGGGUGGAAGCCAGGUCUUCUUGAUCGGAGUUCACAGGGUUCUGAUCAGAUGUCAGCCCUUUCUGGCGGUCCUUCAGCAAUCCAGAGAAAACAGGUACCUAGCCUUGAUAUUAAAGGAAGUGAUUUCUUGAAGAAUACAGAAAUUACAGAAAAGAGAAGACGACAUCAACUAGGUGAUCUGAAAGCUCCACGCUCUCGUGUCAACAAACAGUUAAAUGAUGUCGUAGUCCUGAAAGGGGAACCAGCUGAGCUGUCUUGUGCUGUCAACAGACAUGACUUAACAGGAACCUGGUUUAAGGAUGGGUUAAAGUUAACAAGCAUGGAAGGAGUCACUUUUGAGAAGGAAGGUCUAGUCCACAAACUCAUUAUUAACAAAGUAGAAGAUAUUCAUGCUGGGAAGUAUAGGUUUGAAGCUGGAGAUAUAAAAACUGAAGCUACAAUUUUUAUUGAAGAUCCUCCACAGGUUGACGAAAUUCUCCUAAGAAACUUAAUGAGUGUUCCUACGGUGGCCAAGGCAGGGGAAAAAGUUGUGAUCAGAAUCCCUUUUGAAGGUCGACUUCCAGUCAGAGCAAUGUGGCUGAAGGACAAAAUAGAACUGGGAGAUGACUCACGGAUUCGUAUUGAUAAGACAGACACAUUUACCAUGCUGUCCAUCUCCAGUGCUGAGAGAAAGGACUGUGGGGAUUACAAGGUCAGGCUGAAGAAUGACAGUGGGAUAUUGGAUAUCGACCUAAAGGUUGAGGUAAUAGAUAAGCCACAGCCACCUGCAGGACCCUUGAAAAUUGUAGGAAGCUCUGCAAAUGAUGUCACCAUUCAGUGGAAUCCCCCAAAGGAUGAUGGGGGCAAACCAGUACAAAACUAUAUUAUUGAGAAACAACAGGUAGGCAGGAGUGACUGGGUGACUCUGGGAGAAGCCCCUAAGAACUGCACUACGUUCACUACCAGCAAAGUGGAACAAGACACGAGCUACUACUUCAGAGUGAGAGCUGUGAACGCAGAGGGAUCCAGCAAUGCACUGGAAUCAAACGAGGCAGUAACUAUCAGUAAAGCUUCACCUGGUGCCCCAGAUCCUCCCGAGAUCAUCGGUGUCACUAAAGACAGCAUCACAAUAUCCUGGAAGGCACCUCGGAAAGCAGGCAGCUCCCGGAUUUCGGGAUACAUCGUUCAGAAACGCAAGAAGGGUAGCAUGACCUGGGUGCCAGUCAACAGCGUGCCCAUAGCAGACAAGAAGCUGAAAAUAACCGAUCUCAAGAAGGGUCUGCAAUAUGAAUUUUGUGUGGCAGCUGUCAAUGCUUCUGGCAUGGGGGAUAUCAGUGCACCAUCACAAGCUGCGUUUGCUCGGGACUCCACAAAACCUCCAGGUAAAGUGGGGGACCUUAAAAUGACCAUCAGUGACAGCACUAGCAUCACCUUGACAUGGAACGCACCUGAAGCAAAAGAGGGAAGUAGUGUGAAAGGCUAUGACGUGGAGAUACGGUCUUCUAACAACCUCAGCUGGUCCAAAUGCAACAUUUUUCCUAUAGAGACAACCAGUUACAAAGUUAAAGGCCUGCAGGCCAAGGAGAUGUACUUCCUACGUGUGAGAGCCUACAAUGACUGUGGCCCAGGAGAACCCACAGAGCUUGAAGCUCGUAUUGAAGCUGCUCCUCCUGUUGUUUCUCCCAGGUUCAUAAUAGACAAAACAGUGAAAAAUUUCCUGGUUAUAAAAGCAGGAAAUCCCAUUCGAGUGAAUAUUCCUUUUGAGGCACCUCCAGGUUCUGUGCUGACCUGGUCAAAGGAUGGGGUUCCUCUUCCAAGCCAUGCUAAAAUAAGCACUCAAGAUGAUACCACCCAGCUGCUGAUUAAAGAAGCUGAGUUCACUGACACUGGCAUCUAUACCAUUGAGCUCAUGAGUGGGACAGGAAGAAGAGAAACAUUCAGCUUCCAAGUUCAGGUUACAGAUAUCCCACAACCACCUGGACCUAUUGAACUGAGAGAGAACGUGCCAAAUAUAGUGACAGUAAUCUGGGAGCCCUCAACAUCUGAGAAAUGGGAAAGAAAUCUCUUCUACACAGUCAUGAAGCGUGAAUCACAGAAAGGCGUGUGGCACGUAGUGGGUGACCUGAUCUACACCAACAAAUUCACUUACACCAAAGUGAUCCCAGGCAGGGACUACUACUUCAGGGUUGUGGCAAAAAAUCACUUGGGAUCCAGUCCUCCAUCCGACACUGUGCAGCCUUGGAGAAUUCAAAAACCAAAGGCUGACAUUGAAGUCAGACCACAGAGGUACAGGGGAGUUAAUCAGAACCAGCCCCCAAGGUUCCUCGUCCCCCUGAAGCCUCACGUGGUGAUCACUGGCAGUGAGUGCCGCAUGAGCUGUGCAGUUGGAGGCCAUCCACCUCCAAAAGUCACGUGGUACAAAGAUGGGAGAGACCUCUCCAAUAAUCCUGCCUAUUUUGGCACAAACGACUUUGGUGUCUGCUCCCUGGUGAUCCUUGGUGUUUCCAAGUCUGAUGAAGGAGAUUACAUGGUUGAAGCCACCAAUGUGUUAGGCCGUGCUUUCAGCAGAGCCUCCCUCACUAUUAAAGACUCCGGCCUGUAACAGAACCUUCCCAAAACCACCUCCUCACUCUGGUGUAAAUAAGGUUUUCUCUGAAAACUGGCCCUGCACAAAGGCUACGUGUCUGUUUUCAGAUGUGCAAUAUAGUCUGAGUGCUUUCUUUUUCAGAUCCAGUAGUUGCAUUUUGAACAGGAUGCUGCAUUGUAGACAGAACGGCGAGGAAAAGCUUUAAGAGAAUGGUAUAAUCCUGACCUUCCUCUACGACCUUGAAAACAAAUGAGAAGCUUCCGAAACUCAGAAGAUGAGGGGGAAAAAAUAAUUGGCCAAAGUGAGACUUUGCAUGGAGAAGGCAGGUGUGAGACCAUCCUGCCCCACUUCUUACUGCUCAGGCUGCCACGAGAGUGUUUCUCAACACCAGAUCUUUGAAGCUGGCCUCUUAUCCUGUGGUUUUCUAAUUUGGAGCACUCAUUUUGGAUUCCACCUAUCAGCAAUUGGCCCAGGUGUGGUAGAAGCAUUAAUUCCACUACCAGCAGCAGCUGUGCCAUUUCCCUUUGCAUCUAAGUGGGAAGCAGUGUGUCUUCUGGCUUCAUCCAUGUAAGAGGAACUCUCAGGCAAGGCUAACAUGAGGCAGUGCUACUGGCAGUGAAAGUGGGUGGAUGAGAAUGAAUGGAAAUCUAGAACCAGUUGUAUUUGUGUGAGCAGAUCAGCUAUAAAAGAAAAGGAUGUAGCAGUCCUGAGCGCUACCACAUUAAGCAUCACCUUUGAAACAUAGCUGUCCCUACCUCGUGGCAUCCCUAGAGUAUUAUUGCUUAAUGCUAAAAGAGGUUACAGAUGUUUCGUGUUUGACCAGAAGUACGAAGUACAACCAGAGGUCCUCUGCUAUGGCUGGAGGAUUCCAUCACUGAAUGGAGAAUGAGAAUGGAAAGCCAAAACGUCGUGGUGACCACACAGUGCCUUGGAGCUUUGGUACCACAACAGUUUUCAUGACAGCAUCUCAGAGAAUAGGAGAAUCAAGGACUUAAAGCCACUGGAUCCUCAGACAGCCAGUCAAACAUUCAUGUGGGGCUGAAAUGUUUCUUGGUUAUAUUUUGUACAGAGUUGUACAGAUAUAGGAACGGUAGGUCAUUAAAUUAAACAAUUGUUCAUUAACA